AUCGUCAUAAUGUCGAAAAUUGUCUUCAAAAUUAAUGGAAAGGAAUACGAAGUGUCUUGUAUCCGUACUGUCAUGCCAUGGAUGGGAGAUAAUGACAGUAGAAGGAAUCGGCAACAGAACUAUUGGAUAUCAUGAGAUACAGACUCGACUGGCUAGGUUCAACGGUACACAGUGUGGUUACUGUACUCCAGGGUGGAUUAUGAAUAUGUAUAGUAUUUACGAAUCAAAAAACAAAAAGCUUUCCAUGGAAGAGAUAGAAAACUCAUUUGCAAGUAACAUCUGCAGAUGUACAGGAUACAGACCUAUAGCUGAUGCCUUCAAAACAUUCGCAACUGACGUCCAUGAUGACCUAAAAAACAAACUAGAUGAUAUCGAAGACUUGUCUUUUUUCAAGCCAUGCGGAGUUUCUUGCAACAAAAAAUGUGUACAUAAAACUAAGUGCCAUGAUACAGAGGUUAAUGAAGGUGACUGGUGCGUUUUAGCCAAAGAUAAUAAUAAAAUGAUUGUCAUAGAUUGCGGAUCUCAUAAAUGGUAUAAAGCAUUUUGUUUAGAUGACGUUUUUGAAGUAAUGGGCAAAGCCAAGGAUGACUAUAAGUUGAUAGCUGGGAAUACAGGACAAGGUGUCUAUCAUGUCACAGACUACCCUGGCACAGUUAUAGACAUCUUCAACGUACCAGAACUAAAAGGCCACACAAUUGAUGUCAACUUGAUACUUGGCGCUGGAAUGCCUUUGUCUGAAAUGAUGGACCUUUUCCUACAACUGUCGAAUUCUAAUGAAGACUUUUCAUACUUGAAACAAUUUCACGAGCACAUGGAUCUUGUCGCCCAUAUUCCUGUACGAAAUAUUGGAACUAUAGGAGGAAAUUUAUUCAUGAAACACACAAACAACGACUUUCAAUCAGAUAUUUUCUUGCUUUUCGAAACAAUUGGUGCUAUGGUCACAAUCGCGGAAGCUUCUCAGAAAACGAAAGCUGUUACUUUUAUUGAAUUCCUCAAUACUGACAUGAAAGGCAAAAUUAUAAUGAAUGUUUUGCUGCCACCGUUGUCUCAAUGCUGUUUAUUUAAGUCAUACAAGAUAAUGCCUCGGUCGCAAAAUGCACACGCAGUUGUGAAUGCUGGUUUCCUCUUCAAAUUGAAACAAAAAUCUAGUAUAAUAGAAAAAGCAUCGCUUGUCUUUGGUAGCAUAACGCCAAAAUUCAGUCAUGCAACAAAAACAGAAGCUGUAUUAGCUGGAAAAGAUCUAUUUAAAAAUGAGACACUUCAAAUAGCCGUGACGACAUUACUAGAUGAAGUUUCACCAGAAGAAAUGCCUCCAGAGCCUUCAGCAGCUUACAGGAAAAUGUUAGCGGUUACUUUAUUUUAUAAGGCAAUCUUGUACUUAUGCCCGGAUGGCAAACUUGACAAGAAGUUUCGAUCUGGUGGUGAGGCCAUAAAACGACACACAUCACAAGGAACACAGACUUUUGAUACUGAUAAAAGCGUCUGGCCUUUAAACCAACCUGUACCUAAGCUGGAAGCUCUGGUACAAUGUGCAGGUGAAGCCACAUUUGCGAAUGAUCUGCCAAAGCAAACUGGAGAAGUUUAUGCAGCGUUUGUUACAGCUGAUAUAAGACCUGGGAGUAUCAUUAGUGGCUUUGAUGCCACAGAAGCACUCAAAUGUCCUGGAGUAAUUGCGUUUUACACCGCUAAAGACAUACCCGGAGAUAAUUCGUUUACUCCUCCAAAUGUGCCCAUCAUAAUAGAAAAUGAAGAAAUUCUAUGCUCUGAAAAAGUGAAAUACUAUGGAGAACCAGCCGGAAUAAUCGUUGCUGAUAAAGAGAAAACAGCCAAUAAAGCCGCAAAACUAGUUAAGAUUACAUAUUCAUCUACAAAUAAAAAUAAACCUAUUAUUUCUAUAGCAGAUGCAAUGAAAGCACCAGACAAGGAUCAAAGAAUUGUCAAAGCCAGAACUAUUGAACCAACUGAAAUUGGCAAUGAUGUAAAAUGUGUUUUAUACGGAGAAUUCAAUGUAGGAACCCAGCAUCAUUUUUACAUAGAACCUCAAACUUGUGUAACUAAACCAACCGAAGAUGGAAUGGAAGUAUACUCUGCAUGUCAGUGGCUUGAUUUGCCGAAUGUUGCUAUAGCACAAAGUCUUAAAAUGCCAGUGAAUAAAAUAAAUGUCAUCAUACGCCGAGUGGGAGGGGCCUACGGAGGCAAAAUAACGCGCUCAUGCCAAAUUGCAUGUGGCGCGGCCUUGGUGACCCACUUGCUAGGGAGGACUUGUAGAUUUAUUCUGCCUUUGCAAACUAAUAUGAAAAUCAUUGGUAAAAGGCUAUCUACUGCCUGCAAUUUUGAGGUUGGUGUAAAUAAGGAAGGUGUGAUUCAAUUCUUAAAACACAAAUUCUAUCAAGACAAUGGUUGCUCAAACAAUGAAAAUAUAAGCCCAGUUACAGUGAAUCACGUUCUAAAUUGCUACGACACUCGACGAUGGUACAUUGAAGCUAAUAGUGUUGCUACUGAUACACCUUCCAACACUUGGUGUAGGGCGCCGUCUUCAACUGAAGGUAUAGCGAUGAUAGAAUAUAUCAUGGAAAGAAUUGCUUACAAUCUGGGUAAAGAUCCUUUGGAAGUCAGAAUGAAAAAUAUGGCUAAAGAAGACAACCCCAUUCCCGAGUUAAUUGACCAAAUAAAAAAGGACUCUAACUACGAUGAACGCGUAAAUGAGGCGAAGCAAUUUAACGACGAAAAUAGAUGGAGGAAAAGAGCUAUCAAACUAAUUCCAAUGACUUACGAUACAUUUUACAUCGGCCCUUACAAUUCUAUUGUAUCUAUUUAUCAUGCAGAUGGGUCUAUUUCUCUUACUCAUGGUGCAGCUGAAAUGGGACAAGGGAUAAACACAAAAGCAGCUCAAGUCUGCGCGUACAUGUUUGGUAUAGGUUUAGACAAAGUGAGUGUGAAACCAAGUUCUAGUUUUACAUCUCCAAAUUGCACAGCCACAGGAGCAAGUAUUGGUAGCGAAUGUGUAUGUUUCGCCACGAUGAAAGCUUGUGAAAUAAUUUUGGAGCGAUUGAAACCCAUUAGAGAAAAAUUAAAAAAUCCAACUUGGGAAGUGCUGGUGAAAGAAGCAAAUGCCGCUGGGGUAGACCUGCAAGCAUCUUAUGCUUACUCCUCGAAAGAUAAUGUAAAGCCGUAUGAUAUUUACGGAGUGGUUGUCAUGGAGAUAGAAUUGGACAUUUUGUCUGGAAACCAUGAUAUUCGAAGGGUUGAUUUGCUUGAGGAUACUGGAAGGAGUUUGAGCCCCCAAAUCGAUGUGGCACAGAUCGAAGGAGCAUUCGUGAUGGGUCUUGGUUACUGGACGUCUGAAAAUAACAUCAUGGAUCCUGACACCGGAAGAAUACUUACUGAUCGCACGUGGACUUACAAGCCACCGGGAAUCAAGGACAUUCCAGCUGACUUUAGAGUUUAUUUUAGAAGAAAUGCUAGCAACCCUUUGGGAGUAUUGCAAUCAAAAGCUACUGGGGAACCGGCGUUAUGUUUAGCUGUGGUGAUUACACACGCCUUGAGAGAAGCUGUUAGGUCAGCCCGCCUGGAUGCUGGUUACGAGGACCAAUGGGUGGAUAUAAGUACGUACUGUAAUAGUUUUUAUAGUUGUGAACAUAAACUUAAGAUUAGCCGGCUAAACUUAAAUAAGUUCUGCCAAGAACGAGUUGAUGAUCAACCCAUAUUAUUUCAGAUGUAACCAGACUGUUCGGCAGUCCAGAAGAUGCAGCUGCAGAAACCACUCAAGAUCGGGCUGGGGAUGAUGGGUGCGGGGCUCUUCGGCAUCAUAUUUGGAUGGGUGCUGUUCCCUGUCAUCCUAAAGAGCCAGUUGAAGAAGGAAAUGGCGUUGUCGAAAAAAACCGACGUGCGAGCCAUGUGGGAGAAGAUUCCCUUCGCCCUGGACUUCAAAGUGUACAUGUUCAACUACACCAAUGUGGAGGAGAUCAUGAAGGGUGCCGCUCCCAUCGUCAAGGAAAUCGGGCCUUUUCACUUUGAAUGUGCCUCAGUAACAAGUUCCGGCGAGUUCACCACCACGACGGGAGAAGCUUUAUUUUUCUCAGCACUGAGUAUGGCCACUAUCGUGAACAACGAAAAGCCAGCCAUGCUGAACAUGCUGGGGAAAGCCUUCAACGGGAUCUUCGAUGAGCCGAAGGACAUCUUCAUCAGGGUGAAGGUCCUGGACCUCCUGUUCCGAGGGAUCAUCAUCAACUGUGCCCGAACUGAGUUCGCGCCGAAAGCUGUCUGCACUGCUUUGAAGAAAGAAGGCGCUACUGGGAUGACUUUUGAGCCUAACAAUCAGUUUAGGUUCUCGUUGUUUGGAAUGCGAAACGGCACCAUAGAUCCCCACGUGGUCACCGUGCGCAGAGGCAUCAAGAACGUCAUGGAUGUGGGAAAAGUCAUCGCCAUAGAUGGGAAGACAGAGCAGGACGUCUGGAGGGACAAAUGCAACGAGUUCGAAGGAACGGACGGCACGGUCUUCCCACCUUUCCUCACUGAGAAGGACAACCUUGAGUCGUUCUCUGAUGACCUUUGCAGGUCUUUCAAGCCCUGGUACCAAAAGAAGACCUCCUACAGAGGGAUCAAGACAAACCGCUACGUAGCCAACAUUGGGGACUUUGCCAAUGAUCCUGAACUGCAGUGCUACUGUGACAGCCCUGACAAAUGCCCUCCCAAAGGCCUCAUGGACCUCAUGAAGUGUAUGAAGGCACCGAUGUAUGCCAGUCUCCCACACUACCUUGAUAGCGACCCACAGUUAUUGAAGGAUGUCAAAGGAUUAAGCCCCGAUGCCAAUGAGCAUGGAAUCGAAAUUGACUUUGAACCGAUAUCAGGAACUCCAAUGGUUGCCAAACAACGCGUACAGUUCAACAUAAUACUCCUGAAAACCGACAAAAUGGACCUCAUCAAGGACCUCCCUGGAACUAUGACGCCUUUAUUUUGGAUAGAAGAGGGUCUAGCCCUCAAUAAAACCUUCGUGAAGAUGCUGAAGAACCAGCUCUUCAUCCCGAAGAGGAUCGUCAGCGUGGUGAAGUGGUUGCUAGCUGGCGUCGGAUUCGUGGGCCUUGUUGGCUCUCUGGUGUACCAGUUCAAGGGUAAAAUGAUCAACUUCGCACUUUCCCCGAGCUCCGCCCAGGUGACGAAGGUCAAUCCGGAGAUUAACCAGCAAAACCAGCCGAAGGACAUAAGCAUUAUCGGGGAGUCCCAGAACCCCCCGAAAGUGGACAUGUAAUCCUCAAUCAGGCGACUUCUGACGUUUUACAUGCGUUGGAGUCGCCGAUACGGCAUUAAUAGUUUCUCUCCAAUGUUUUGGACCCAAACAUUUAGAAUUGCUGUAUCACGUGUUAGGAAUAGAAAUAGACCUGCACAUAUUUAACUAGACAUACCAAAGACCUUAGUUUUUAUAGGAAUUUAAAUGUAGAGCAGAGCACACAAACUACGUAUAUUUUUUUCUUGAUAUUUCCUCACUUAGUUUUAAUAUAAUUUAUGAAGCAGGUUCUUUAGUUUUAAUAGUCUUAGGUUAUUAUUUCGUUUAUAGA